GCAAGGCGAGAGCCAUGCAUAGUCUAUGGCAAAGUCUUCAAGACCCAUCGCACUCACCUCAGCUGACGUAAGCUGACCACGUGUGGCGACGAGACUCGAGUCAAAAAGUUCACGAAUUAUCUCUGAGGACAACGAUGAUAGCUGCUCGUACAGUCAUUUGGUCUUCUGAGAAGCUGCGUGAGGCUGGAUAACACUGGCGACUCAGACAUCCCGAUAUGUCGGACUGGACUGUGCUACCUGUCCCCGAGGUGGAUCAACCUAAUGGUCAUGCUUCUUCGUCCAAGUCGAGACUCUAUAUUCUAGACUAUGGUGCGGGAAAUGUCCGAAGUCUCGCCAACUCGAUCCGAAAGCUCGGGUAUGACUUUGAGUGGAUCAAAGAUGCUUCAGACUUUGACAAGGCAGAGAAACUCAUCUUCCCCGGAGUCGGUGCCUUUGGUCAAGCGACCGCAUCAUUAUCAACCUCUGGUCUACUACCCCAUCUACAACGCUAUAUCUCCUCUGGCAGACCCUACUUUGGUAUCUGUAUCGGAAUGCAAGUCCUCUUUGAAACCUCCGCAGAAUCUCCUUCCGCUCAAGGUCUGGGGAUCUUGCCGUACAAGAUACAAAAGUUUAAAUCAUCAGAUGAACGCGGGAGAAAGAGUGUACCUCAUAUGGGUUGGAACUCGGCGUGGAAAGCGUGGUCUGAUGACUCGAGUGAAUUGCUGGCUUCAAGCGAGGAUUUUUACUUUGUUCACUCCUACGCUGCUACCCUUCCAUCGACUGAGACUCGGCCACCACCCUUCGCACACACACUGUCCAGAUAUGGAGGCGAGACGUUCAUCUCGUCUGUUCGAAAAGGCAACGUCUUUGGAACGCAAUUUCACCCUGAAAAGUCUGGCCCAGCUGGUUUGGAUCUCUUAAAACGAUGGCUUCAAGCGCCAGCUUCCUCCCUCGCUUCUCCAUCAGAAACAUACAGUCAACCUCAACUCCAGUCCCCCGACACCUCCCGAUCUUCCGGGACAGGCCUCACAAAUCGAAUCGUGGCAUGUCUCGAUGUCAGGUCCAACGACGCUGGCGAUCUCGUCGUGACCAAAGGUGACCAGUAUGAUGUUCGCGAAAAGACAGACGACAGAGGUGUUCGAAAUCUUGGAAAACCAGUCGAGCUAGCCAGACGAUACUACGAGGACGGCGCUGAUGAGAUUUGCUUCCUCAACAUCACUUCGUUCAGGUCCUCUGCCCUUCAGGACCAACCAAUGUUGGAGGUCGUCAAAGCCGCUGCGGAAACGGUCUUUGUCCCUCUGACCAUCGGAGGCGGUAUCAAAGAUACGGUUGAUCCAGAUGGUACCCCACGGUCUGCUCUUGAGGUCGCAGGAGCGUACUUCCGCAGUGGAGCGGACAAGGUGUCUAUCGGGUCCGAUGCGGUCAUUGCGGUGGAGGAGUUGUUGGCAAGACGAGCGAAAGGCGAACCUCCUUUGACCGGAAAAACGGCCAUCGAAACGAUCUCUGAAGGGUACGGAUCUCAAGCUGUCGUCGUCUCGAUUGAUCCCAAGAGAGUUUACGUGGACGCCACACCGCCAAACUGGAUCGAGAGCGUACCUGACAGUCAUCGAGCUUGCGUCGUCGAGGGGUCCAAAUCCACCACGAGGACACGAGACGAGGAACAAGGCAAAGCAUGGUGGUACCAAUGUACCGUCUCAGGUGGUCGAGCCGUGAGGGAUAUCGACGCGGUCCAAUUGGCUCAAGGAGUUGAGCAGCUAGGAGCGGGAGAGAUUCUGCUCAACUCGAUAGAUCGAGAUGGGAGUGGAAAAGGAUUUGACCUGGAUCUCGUGAGAUUGAUCAGGCAAGCUGUCAGCAUCCCCGUCGUGGCCAGCAGUGGUGCGGGGUCGUCUGAAGACUUUGUAGAAGUAUUCAAGGCGACAGGUGUGGAAGCUGGACUGGCGGCGGGUAUCUUUCAUCGUAAAGAGGUGGGAAUAGACGAGGUCAAGGACGCCUUGCGUAAUAAUGGUCAAGCAGUCAGACAAUGCGGCAUAGACAUCUAG